GCCUUGCGGGGCCCGUGAGAACCACCCUAGUUAUUCGGGUCUCGGCCGCGAAAGGCAUUGCGUAUAUCGCGAUGCUAUUCGCCGUUGCCGGCGUAGGAUUCACCCAAGCAAUUCUCAUUUGCCACUACAUAAUUAUGGUGGCGUCGCCCGUUUCUUUAACCCUGGGCAUGAAACGGCCGACAAGAACUACAGUCCAAGCAUUUCCCUGCCUACUUCACUUAUAAUUCGUGGUUUCCAUCCAAAACCUGGGGACACUGCGAGGCCGGGGCUUGUAGAAUCCCAUCCAGCGACUGCCCGAGCUAUCCGGCCGAACACGAAUGUCUUGGCACCUGGGGGAAAACACGCUAAAGAGUCAAGGUGGGGUCCGUGCUUCGUAAGGCUGCAACCGGCGUUCACCAAAUCCUCUACCGCGUCGUGUGAUCGCCAGGUACAAAAACCAUCGCAUCUCACUUUACUAAUGUCGGCAGCCUCGAUUCCUAACCUCCUGUCCCUUCGAGGUAACUCCCGAGGAGGCCGAGGCCGAGGGAGGGGCCGGGUCGGUCAACAUCCAGGCCGCCCGUCUGGCCAUGAUGCCGUUAUUCAGGGCACCGAUGAUGACGCCGCUCUAUCGCGGCUGAGUGCGGUCGAACUGGGCUAUCUCGAAGACCCGUUUGUCCACUCUUUUGUGCGACGUGGUUCUGGGACCGCCCCUAGGAGGUUGCCCAUCAUCAACCGAGGAACCUAUACCAGGACCGCGGCGUUGGAUCGCCUCAUAGAUCUCUUCCUUUCGAAGGACGAGGUAGGCCCGUCUCAAGAGAGACAAAUCAUCUCACUAGGUGCUGGAACCGACACGAGAUGCCUCCGGAUAUUCUCCCAAGAAAACCCGCCCAUCAUCACCUAUCACGAGGUUGACUUUCCCGCCAUCUGCAAGCAGAAGUUCAACACCAUCUCAGCAUCCCCCAAGCUAGGGCAAAUUCUACCGAAGCCGGUCGAACAGAACGGGUCGACGUGGUGCAGCCAGUCGCCGACCGGUUCGCAGCUGUGGUGCCAUGGUGUAGACCUCCGUGAACUCGCUCAAACUGAGGAUACAUCCAUACUCAAAGGCCUCAAGACUGACGUUCCCACACUGCUUGUCUCUGAGUGCUGCCUCUGCUAUCUUCAGACGUCGGAGGCACGCGAUGUCAUCAAGUGGUUUACGGACAGAAUCCCCGAUCUAGGUAUUGUCAUCUACGAACCCAUAAAGCCAGACGACCCGUUCGGGAGGAUGAUGGUCUCCAAUCUUUCCGCAAGGGGGAUCAGGAUGCCGACCCUCGAGGAGUACAGAGAACCUCGGGACCAAGAGAAUAGACUGAGAGGCGCCGGCUUUGACCACGUCAGGCAGAUGGCGGUCGACGAGAUCUGGGAGAAAUGGAUUUCGGAGAGCGAGAAAGAAAGAGUUGACAAUUUGGAGGGCCUCGACGAGGUGGAAGAGUGGAAAUUGCUGGCCGGCCAUUACAUAGUUGCUUGGGGCUGGAAAGGCUCGGGAUUUGGGUCGUGGCUUCAGUGGUAGCUGUCAGACGGGGUCGGGGGGUUGUCAGGCGUAUAUCCACAGGGCAAGAACUCGCAUAUAAGUAGUCUACACAUCUACAUGUAUGAAAGACAAACUUUCAUGUGCCUAGGUAUAUUGCGUUCCGUACCUGAAUCCAACCCAGAACUAGGUACGUAGCUCCCGUCCUUGACUCAAGGCUCACCUGAAUGUUGGCUUAUGUAAGGC